UGAUCCUCCUAUUCGAUACUCCUUCACCCGCAAGGAUGUACCCCCUCGAAUCUUCCCAGCGGCAUAUUCUGCAGCAACACCGGAUACCCCUUGCUCUGGCAGUAUUCGAUCUCACAGUACUCGUCUUCCCUAUCACACUAGUCGUUUCACCGUGCUUAGCGGUGCUCACGUUCUUCAGCAGCGUCAUGGGCUCGCUGGAACAAGAACCGGUAUGGUUAAGCCUCAUGCACACGGCGGUGAUAGUCCAGAUGCCAUUAGUGAUCGCAUGCACGAUCGAGAACCGCUUUAUCCAACAACAAAAGGACCGGAGCUCGAUCCUGAGUGUUUCCCGCGUCCGCCAGAACCUGAUCUAUCUCGUCACAUCCCUCUGGCUGCUCACGCUACUCAGCUCCCUCCUCGCUCAUCCGAGUUGUGCUGAAGGCGCACCAUGGAAGGAGAGCUUGCGGCCUAAAACUGUGACACCCGAAGGGGGGACUGUGGAGAAGGUGAUGGAGGAGAACUGUACUGAGAGCUUGAUGGCAGUGGGCUUGAGUGGUGUGAAUGCCCUCCUCUGCUUGUGUCCCGUUGUGUGCACCCUGGUGGUGAAGACGACGCUGUGGAGGAUUAUGAGGAAAGACACGAUGGGUCGGGGGACCUCCAAUGCUGCAUAUGAGGCGUUGGCUCAGCAGGCGUGCGAGGGCGACAGUUAAGGAUGUAUAGAGCUGUUCUGUCCUGUAUUCUUCUUUGGGUUCUUCGCGAGAAUAGGGAUAUUGAUAUAAC